UCUCUCUCUCCACCCGUUUCUCUCUCUACCUCCUCUCUACCUGCUCUCUCUCUCUCUCUCUCUCUCUCGCUCGCUUAGCGGCCAUGCAGAUCUCUAUCUCUCUCUCUUUUUCCUUUGUUUUUUUUUGUUUUUUUGUCACAUGAAGCUGACAGGUGUUGUCAUUGUUUUUUGCGCUGUUUGCAAAUUCAUCAUGGCAUACUUGCGGCAGUUGCAUGAGGACUUGAAGAAGCACUUCAUCAAUGAUGGUGCCGCAGGGUCAAACCCGGGCAAGGGUUCCAAGCACUGGGUCUGCAAGUACUGCAAGACUCAGUUCGAUGGCACAGCCUCGGUUCUAAAGAACCAUUUCUUGAACAGGUGCAGCUUGGACCGCGUCAGGAGGCCGCUGUCAGUCGAGGAGAGGGCAAGGAGGGAGGAGGGCAUCCUCAUGGGGAAGUUCAUUGCUGAGACCAUACACGCGGGGGGGAGAAGCAGGCCGGCCACAAACAGCCUGGCGUCCGUUAAUAGUCUGGUUGCUGACGUUGAGCGAGGUCGCAGUGACUCGCCUGCAGGGACGGGAGAGGCGGUUGUGGCCGAUGAGCCCGCAGCGAUCGCGCCUACCUUUGGCGAGUCCGUGCAGCCUGCACCCCGUUCUAGACGGCCGCUGAGGCAAACGGUCAUGGAGGACGCCAACAUCAUCGUAAGACGUAACGAGCAAACGAGUCAGUUCCUUGACCGAUUCCUUUUCUGCACGAACCAGCCUUUCAGCAUCGUUGACAACGAAUACUUCCUUGAAUUCGUUGAUGCUGUGAAGAAGGCGUAUCCUUCGUGGAUGCCAUACAAGAGGGAUGAGGUGCGGACGAAGCGGUUGGAUGGUCAUUACAGAAGGACGAAGGUGGAUGUGCACGCCAUGGUCAAGAAGUGGCACCGCACCGGUUGCAUGCUGCAGAUGGAUGGCUGGUCAGACAGGCGCAACCGGCCGUACAUUAAUGUCAUGGUGUCAUCUGGGAUCGGAACGGUAUUCUGGAAGACCACAUGCAUGGAGGGGAAGGAGAAGGAUGCGGCGACGUACUUCCGGAUAUCGGAUGGAGUUAUCAAGGAGAUCGGCGAGGAGGCGGUGGUGGGCGUUGUGAUGGACAACGCGAGAGUGUGCGUCAAGGCGGGCAAGAUGGUGGAGGCGGCCUACCCACGCAUCUUUCGCAUGGGGUGCACUGCACAUGCCCUUGAUUUGGCACUCGAGGACAUGUACAAGGAACUGGAGUGGUUGCGCAAUGUUGUGGACACAGGGUUGAAGGUGGGCAAGUUUUUCCACAACGUGGACAAGGCAAGGGCGUUGUUCCACGUGUACAGUCCGAACUCCAAGUUGAAGCGGUCGGGGGUGACCCGUUUUGCGACCAACCAUGAGAUGCUUGCUUUCUUGAAGAAGGCCAAGAACCCGUUGAAGAAUUGCAUCGACGACGCUGCGUGGGUGGAGAAGAUGGUCAGGACGGACCAGCUCGCUGCGUUCCACAAGGUGACGGCCAUUGUGGUGGGGAAGGACGGCUUUUGGGCGACGGUCGACAAGGCGCUGGCGGUGAUGGGACCAGUAGUGACGCUGCUUCAUCUUAUUGAUGCGUCGGGGCCGUCCAUGUCGAAGGUGUACUUCAAGAUGGAUUCGCUCGUCGCACGGAUGCAGGAGCUUGAAUGCAUCACGGCGGGCGAGAAGGCGGAAAUAGAGGACAUCUUGAUGCGGAGAUGGGCGUUCAUGACCAGCGAGCUGCAUUGCGCUGCUGCGUUCUUCGAUCCGGAGCACCGUCCCACGAAUGCCUUGCGAGAUCCUGAGGUGUGCGCCGGAUUCAACAUUUGGCUUCUCUCGUGGGCGCCGGACGACCAGCGGACACGCGACGAGCUCAGCCAGCAGGUUGACAUGUGGGUUAACUUGAACGGGUCGUUCAAAUCGCAAGACGCCGCGGAAGCAGCACGUGUGCAGCCCGCGGCUCUGUGGUGGGAGGCUUACUGCGGGAAGUUGGACCUACUCCAGCCACAAGCGGUCAAAUUGCUGGGCCAGGCAAGCUCCUCCGCCGCAUGUGAGCGGAAUUGGAACUUGCACGAGCUUAUUUUCGGGCGCAGGCGUACGAAGUUGCUGCCAGAGAGGCUGGGCAAGUUGAGAUCAGGGAAUAGUACAACACAUGCUGUUGCUGCUGAUGCCGAUGUGGUGGCAAAAGAUGCGGAGGUGGGUGAAGAGGACGGUUCGGAGCCAUUGAUGCGGACGUGGCAGCGAAAUGAUGUCGCAAAUGACAAGGAAUGCGACGAGGAGGACAUGGCUCUGUUGGGUUCGUUGGAAAGGGAAUGGCAUGAGUGCACUAAACCUGGCCGUCGCAGAAAGCAAGACCUGCAGAGAAGAUCUGGCAGCUCGCUGCCUCCGUCAUCAGUUGUGUACACUGAGGCAGAUCGGGCGGCUGCACUGGAGGCACGACUAGCAGGCACUUGGGUGGAAGGUCGACGGGAGUCAACCAACAGGCAAAAGCGUGUGAGGAAAAGAGCACGAGCGGCGGGCGAGGUGGGAGGGGCUGAAGCUGAGGUGUGCGUGGCCCAGCCAAAGAAGAAGAGGGGUCGACCAUCGUUGGCUGAAGCUGCAGCAAAGAAGACUGAGCUGGCAGCAGCCAAGGCUGCUAAAGCAGCAGAGGAAGCGGCCGCAGCGAAAGCCGCGACCGACAAGGCCUGAAAAAAAAAAAAAAAGGUUGCCUCCGUGGAUGUGAUCGAGGACGACCCGUCAGGGGACGAUGAGUCCUCGUCCAGCUCGUCCGAAGACACGGAUGAGGGAGAUAGCGGAGAGGAGUCCGAUGAACACUCUUCGCAGGAGGGGGGAGCAGAGGGGGAGGACAUGGAAGAAUCCGAGGCCGGGUCCGAAAAAAGCAAUGGUGAAGAAUCCGAAGCUGAAGGGGCGGAGGUGUAGGACGGGGACAGACUGGACGUGGAGUAUGAUGGAUCUGGAUUCUGAGUUUUUAUAAAGUUGAGGUUGAACUUUGUUUCUGAGUUUUGAUGAAGCUGUUUCCUUUUCUGUGCUUUGAUAAACUUGCAAACGACUA